ACAAAGGUCAGUUGCCGCCUACGUUUCUUUCUUUCUUCCCCUGACAAAGAAAACCAGAGCAAGAAACCGUUUUGAGAGAGACCAUGGAGUGGGUUCGAGGAGACCCAAUCGGUCAUGGAAGCUUCGCAACCGUGAGUUUGGCCAUACCCAGAAACAGUUCCGCUCAAGCUCAUCCGGUAAUGGUCGUCAAAUCUUCUGAAUCAUCCAACUCUGCCUCGCUAAGGAACGAGAAACAAGUGCUCCAUCAGCUUUCGACUUGCCCCGAAGUCAUUCGAUGCUUUGGAGACGAUCUCAGCUUCGAGAAAGGCGAGGAGUUCUAUAAUCUGUUCUUGGAGUACGCCUCUAAUGGGAGUUUGGCCGAUCAGGUUAAUAGUCGUGGCGGCCGGUUACCGGAAUCCGAUGUUCGGCGAUACGCGAAGUUGAUACUCAAAGGGCUUCGUGAUGUUCACGCCAAAGGAUUCGUUCACUGCGACAUAAAGCUUGAGAACAUCCUUGUGUUUGCCAAUGGAGCAAUCAAAAUCGCGGAUUUUGGACUGGCAAAGAAAGCAGAGCAACAACAGAGCAGGGCCGAGAUCAGAGGAACUCCUAUGAAUAUGUCGCCGGAAUCAGUUAACUGCAACGAGUACGAAUCACCUGCGGAUAUUUGGGCUCUUGGGUGCGCGUUGGUGGAGAUGCUCACCGGGAAGCCGGCGUGGGACUGUGGUCCCGAGGUGAAUAUGUGGAAACUUUUGCUUCGAAUUGGGGAUAGUGAUGAAGUGCCACAAGUUCCAAAGGAAUUUUCUUUCGAAGGGAAAGAUUUUCUCGGCAAGUGUUUUGUGAAGGAUCCAAGAAAUCGGUGGACGGCUGAAAUGCUUCUGGACCAUCCCUUCGUUGCUGCUGACGAUAAUAACGAUCAUGACGCUGUUCCAUUGGAGGACACCGAUAAAUUUAAAACAUCAACAUCUCCGAGAAGUCCUUUCAAUUUUCCAGAAUGGGUUUCAGUGCAAUCUUCGAUUGUAGUUUCGCCGGAAUCUUCACCGGAGUCCGGUAAAUUGUUUGAAUGGAAAUUAAAUUCUGGUUUCAGUUCGUCAUUCUUGUCAAGUUUUUCUUCUCCGACGGAUAGACUCCGGCAGCUGGUGACCGACGAGGCACCCAAUUGGUCCUUUUCCGAGAGUUGGUUCACGGUGAGGGGUUCAGAACCGGGUGAUUCAGAGCAGAGAAGGGUAGAAGAAGUGGCAAGUAAUUUUGGGAAGAGUUUCGUCACAUCUAACGGUUCUGAUUAGAUUGUGAUCUUUUUUAUUGUAAAUAUUAGGGUAGAGAGAGAGAGAGAGAGAUAGAGAUGUGUUUUAACAGUCUGACUCUACUCGAUUCUGAUUGGCCCCUCCCUCGACUUUGUACAGAAAAUCUUUUAUUGAGUUUAAAGUUUUACAAAGAA